AGGAACCAGAAAAACAAAACCCCUUUGGAGAGAGAGAGAGAUGAGUCAAGCUUUUCCAUCAUACUGUAUUUGGAAAUACAGUAGUUGUGAACCCAGAAUACAUAACGCGUCAUAUCCUUCUGCCAGCUUUGGUAACAGGGCAAAUUUUCAAUCUACCGUUUGGGGAUCAUAUAGAGAGCGAGAGAGAACAUUAAUUAUGAGGCCAUUAGCAUUAAUGGAUCCUUCAGCUUCACGUCCUUUGGCGGAUUUUCAUUCAACCACUUGGGGACACCAUUUCCUCAAUUUUCAAUUGCAGGAAAUUAGUACCCAAGAAAAACUUGAACUUGAAGAAUUAAAAGAAAUAGUGAGGAAAAUGUUGGUGGAAACUCCUGAUAAUACUACACAAAAACUUGUAUUGAUAGAUACAAUUCAACGACUGGGAAUCGCAUAUCAUUUCGAUAAUGAGAUUGAAACAUCCAUUCAGAACAUCUUCGAUGCGAUUGAGAAUAAUGUUGACGACAACCUUAACGUCGUUGCUCUUCGUUUCCGACUUGUGAGGCAACAAGGCCAUUACAUGUCUUCAGAUGUGUUCAAGAAAUUCACUAACAGCGACGGAAUAUUCAUGAGAACCCUUGUUAAUGAUGUCGAAGCAUUCUUAAAUCUGUACGAAGCAGCACAUCUGAGAGUGCAUGGGGAGGAGAUUCUUGAAGAAGCUCUAAUCUUUACCACCACUCAUCUCGAGUCCAUGUUACCCAACUUGAGCAACUCACUUAAGGCUCAAGUUACUCAAGCCUUAAGCCACCCAAUUCGCAAAGCCAUACCAAGGUUGGCAGCAAGGAAAUACAUAGACAUUUAUAAAGGCAUGGAAUCGCACAAUGAUUUGCUUUUGAAAUUUGCCAAAUUUGAUUUUAACAUGCUACAAAAGCUGCAUCAAAGAGAGAUUAGCGAGCUUACAAGCUGGUGGAAAGAUUUGGACCUUGUAAACAAAUUCCCAUACGCAAGAAACAAAUUAGUGGAGGGUUACUCUUGGACAUUGGCAUUGUACUUUGAGCCUCGAUUUAGUCGUGCGAGAAUAAUGUUGUUAAAAGUCUUCAAAAUGCUCUCCAUAUGUGAUGAUACCUAUGAUGCAUAUGCAACCUUUGAUGAACUUGUGCUUCUCACCGAUGCGAUACAGAGAUGGGACAUAAGUGCCAUGGAUUCAUUACCGCCAUAUAUGAGACCAUUUUACCAAGCCAUGCUUGACGUCUUCAAUGAAAUGGAAGAAGUAUUGGCCAAAGAAGAUAAAUCAGAUCGCAUCUACUAUGGAAAAUUCGAGGUGAAAAAGCUGGCGAGAGCCUAUUUUAAAGAGGCCAAAUGGUUAAAUGCUGGCUACAUUCCAACAUGUGAGGAGUAUAUAGAAAAUGCGAUUGUAAGCAAUACCUUUAUGGCGCUUGGAACACUUUCCUUGAUUGGUAUGGAGGAACUUAUAACAAAAGACAUUUUUGAAUGGAUCACAAGUGAGCCUUCAAUUGUUCGAGCGUCAUCAACCAUCUGUAGAUUAAUGGACGAUAUUAGUGAUCAUGAAGUUCAGCAACAAAGAGGACAUGUAGCUUCAAUUAUAGAAUGCUUUAUGAAAGAAUAUGGAGCUUCAAAGGAAGAGGCCUAUGUUAAGUUUCGGAAGGAAGUGAGGAAUUCGUGGAAAGACAUAAAUAAGGCAUUACUCCGCCCCACUGAAGUACCAACAUUUGUUCUCGAACGAGUUUUAAAUCUUGCACGUUCAAUGGAUACUCAUUUCCAAGAUGAAGAAGAUGGAUACACAGAUUCGACUUCCAAAAGCAAAGACGUUAUUACCUUGUUGCUUGUUGAACCUGUCAAUAUAUGACGAUCAUAAUGUAUGCAUAUGCACCAUUGACCGAGUAUUCGGAGCAAAUGGGGAAAUGUUUUGCAAUGGUUUUCAUUAAUUAAAUAGUUUGUGUUUGUUUCCGGGGAAGAAUAAAGAUAAAAGGCAAGUUCAACAA